UUUUCAACGUGCUGCUUGUGAACACACCCCUGCCAUGCUCGCUCAGCGGCAGAUUUGGAUUGGCCACACUGCUGGCUGAGGAAAAUGGGAGACGACUUGGGCGACGAGUGGUGGCAACACGAGGAUGCAUGUGAGUCAGAGGAGGAGACAGAACAAGAGAAACAGCCAACAGAAAAAACAAAGACGGAGACUAAACCAGAGAAGAGGAAGAGGAUAACAGAGAAAACAGUUAAAGCCAAGAAGAAAAAGAGUGAACAGACCGAGUGUGUAACUGCUCAAAAGAAAGAGACUGAGGAUGAAAAGUCAACUAAACCCAAAAAAAAGAGGAAGAAAAAGAAGACAAUUACAGAGGUCUUGGCCACAUCUGAACCAAAACCGGGCUGUCCGGCUGACCUGCAGAACCUGGUCACACAGUACUUCUCAGACAAGCGCUCUGUGAUCGAGCAGGAGGAGCUGAAAUUGCAGGACUCCUGUUUCCUGUCCAGUAAUGACCUGACACACAGCCUCUCCUCUUAUCUGAAACAGGUUUGUCCCAAGUGGGCAAAGAUUCAAAAGCAGCAUACAGGAAAGAGUUCGGUGGUUCUGCUUAUCGUCUGUAGCUCUGCUCUCCGAGCCAUCGAGCUCAUCAAGCAGCUGACCACGUUCAAGGGUGAAGCCAAAGCAGUAAAGCUAUUUGCGAAACACAUCAAGAUAGAGGAGCAGGUGAAGCUGUUGCAGAAAGGCGUCACCCACAUUGGAGUGGGGACUCCGGGCAGGAUCAGUGCUCUUAUUGAAAAAGAGGGUUUGAACUUGCAGGCACUGAAGUACGUGGUUCUGGACUGGAACUGGAGGGACCAGAAGCUCAGAAGGAUGGUAGACAUUCCUGAGAUCAAACUGGACUUUAUGAAGCUGCUGGAGAACGGUAUCUUGAAUGGCUGUAAAGACGACAAAGUCAAAAUUGGACUCUUUUAAGUGUAUGUUGUAAACCUGCUGAUAAUCCACAUGAAGACCUGAUAUCCCGACAACAUGCCGAGCGGCCUCAUCCUGUUUGUUUUCCCUUUGUGUCGGCGUGAAACCUCUGCUGUGCUUUUACUAUUUUCAGAGGCCGUGUCAAAUAUGUGGUGCUGUUUGUUCACUCUUGUUGUCCAACACAAUGUCUCAGUGUGAUGGAUUGAAUAAAUGGACUCAGAAUGAAA